ACAAUAAUUUAUUUCUUGAAGAUUUGACUUUACGUGGUGUAGGUGUCAAUUAAGGCUAUUGAUGUAUUGUCAUUUAUUUCACACAAAAUGAAUGGCUGUUAUGGCUUGUAUAGCAGGACCCUAACCACCAUGCCUGGAAGAUUGAGCUUCAGUAACAUCACUGCCCUUGCCCCAAUGGUCCGAGUGGGGACUCUGCCUAUGAGGCUUUUGGCUUUGGACUAUGGAGCUGAUGUAGUCUACUGCGAGGAGCUGAUUGAUAUUAAAAUGGCCCAAUGUCAGAGAGUGGUUAAUGAGGUGCUGGACACAGUGGAUUUUGUUGCUCCAGAUGACAGAGUGAUGUUCAGGACAUGUGAGAGAGAAAAGGACAGAGUCGUCUUCCAAAUGGGGACAGCUGAUCCAGACAGAGCCUUGACUGUGGCAAAGCUUGUUGAACAGGAUGUAGCUGCAAUUGAUGUAAAUAUGGGCUGUCCCAAAGAGUACUCCACUAAGGGUGGGAUGGGAGCUGCUCUUCUCUCAGAUCCAGAUAAAAUUGAAUCAAUUCUCAGAAAAUUGGUUGAAGGAGUAAACAAGCCAGUCACAUGCAAAAUUCGGAUCCUACCCUCGCUGGAAGACACAAUCAAUCUAGUUCAACGUAUUGAGAUGACUGGUGUAUCAGCUAUUGGUGUACAUGGCAGAUUCAAAGAUGAGCGUCCCAGGCACCCAGUCCAUUGUGAUUACAUUCAAGCUGUAGCUAAAGCUGUUUCUAUUCCCGUCAUUGCCAAUGGUGGCUCUCUGGACUUGGUGAAGACUUACACAGAUAUAGAGGAGUUUAGGAAAGCUUCGGGAGCAUCGUCUGUGAUGUUGGCCCGAGCUGCAAUGUGGAACCCCUCAGUGUUCAGCCCCAAAGGUCUGUUACCAGUGGAGACGGUCAUGGAGGAAUACCUUAAAUAUGCAAUCAGAUAUGACAACCACGCCUUCAACACAAAGUACUGUCUGUGUCAGAUGCUCCGAGACAAAGUAGAGACUCCUCAGGGAAAACUGGUCCAAGCAGCUCAAACCAACGCUGAGUUCAGUGUGGCAUAUGGACUACAGGAGUACUUCCAGAAGGUGCAGGAGGAGCUGCAGGCCAAACGCGAUGCUCUUCAGAGUCACUGCCUCCAGAAUCGGCCCAUAAUGGAUGGAGAUGUGCUCACUAUGGCUGUGAAAUUUGAGAGGAGAGAGUAUCCACCCCAGAUUACACCCAAGAUGUUCCUUCUGGAGUGGAGCCGCAAAGAGAAAUUGGAACAACCCUCGUAUGAGACUGUGCAACGGACUCAGGACAGAGCAUUUCAAUCGACAGUGACUGUAGCAAAGAAGAAAUACAGAUCUUCAUUGUGGGAGAAAUCAAAGAAGUUUGCAGAACAAGCCGCUGCUAUAGUGUGCCUGAGAGUGUUGGGGAUACCAGAAGGACGUAUUGGAGAAGAGGAGUCUGGUCUGGUUUGUAAAAGGAAGCGGGAGAUUAAAGGAAUGAACGGUUCUGAUGAAGAGGGCAGCAAAAAGCGCCAUCUGGUGGAUAGUCGGGAAGAAACUGAAAUUACAAAGACACAGUUGGUCACAAAUGGUGACCGUCACACACCAAACUCAGAGCAGACCAAGAAUUAGAACUAGGAGGCUGCCAGAGACUGCACUGAACAGGACUUUUAAAUAGAGACCUCUGUCAAUUAUUUUACCUUUUUGUUUUAUUUUUAUAAUUAUUUGGGCAAAAUUUAAAAUUAAACAAAUCUUUAUGAAUGAUUGCCUUGGUUAGUGAUAAUAAAAUAAAUUUCUUUGCCAGUAGUGUAAAAGUAUAUUCAGAACCUUAAAUAUCAAGCAUAUAAAUCAUUUUCAGUUCAGAUGAAAAACUUAUAAUUUAUAAUUGCCUGGUGAAAGCUUUAGUUUUAGUAAUGAACUAGUGGUAUUGUGAAUGAUACAGAAGGAAUGACAUUAAAAUGUGGGACACAAAUUUUUGAAAACCAGCAAAAUGCCUUACAUGAGCUUUCACAUUUUGUAAUUUAUUUUGUCAAACAUCUCGGUACAGAUUUCAAGAUAAGAUGGUUUGAAUAUGUUUACAUCUGGCUUAUGUAAGCAAUUAUGGGCGUAUUUCCCAAACUUGGUCAACUAUUGCAAAAUAAUUUUGGGUAAUUGUAGUUUGAAUUAUGUAUAAGCUAUAAAAAUUACAUUGAAAUAGGUGUGCCUUCCUUACAGUAGCCUUAUUACAAAAGUUAGUUAUUAUUUAUUAACAAUCAACUAUUACCUCUUAAAGUUCAACCUUUUUUGUUACAAAGCCACUCAUUGUUCUGUAAUUUAUAAAGGUUGAUCAUUUCACAACUUUACAUGAUGACCCUGGAAAACAAAGCAUGUUUUUGUUUAUUUUAAUUUUUGUUAUAAAAACAAAUGCUGCAUGAUAUUAAAAGGUUUACUCCAAUAA